GCCUUGCUGUCAAACUGGUGUUUGUGCGCCAUCUGCUGGUGGCUUUACAAACAACAAGCUCAGCGUCUUCUAGCGGUGUAGCACUCGUGUUUGUCUGGACCGCGAGUGGAAGAGGUUCGUUCCUCCUUGCUUGUGUUUUAUGUUUUUACGUGCUCUAGUUUUAGGGAUUUGGUUGAUAAGUGAUCAUAUUUUGGAGCAUAUCAUCGGAUCAGAUCAAGAACAAACCGGAUUGAAAACUCAGCUCAGCCUUUUGUGUUGUUUGGAUUUUCCACCAUGGCUGAGCAUCUAUCUCAGAGUGAACUAGACUACCCUUUCAAACUGCUGGAGUACAUCAAUGGCUUCAGAGUGUCCAAGGUGAUCUUUUCAGCAUGUGAGCAGGGUGUGUUCGACUUGCUCCUGCAAUCUCAGAAGUCCCUGAGUGCAGCUGAGGUAGCACAAGAACUCGGCACCAGUGAGGACGGCAUGGAGCGGCUCCUCGAUGCGCUUGUGGGUGUGGAGGUCUUGGAGGUGGAGCUAAAACAGGGCACAGCCUAUUACAGCAGUACUGAUGUUGCUAAUCUGUAUCUGGCCAAGAACAGCCCUAAAUCUCUAUAUGACAUGAUCAUCUACCAGUCGCAGACCAUCUACCCUCUCUGGAACAACCUAGGAAAUGCAGUCAGGGAAGGAAGGAACCAAAAUGAAAAAACCUUUGGUCUCUCAUCAGAAGACAUCUUCUCAGCUAUAUACAGGUCAGAGGAAGAGAUGUUAAAGUUUAUGGGUUUGAUGAACUCAUCAUGGGUCAUUGACGGCCAUGACAUAGUAACUGCUUUUGACUUGUCCAGAUUUAAGUCCAUAGUGGAUGUUGGAGGCUGUUCAGGUGCCUUGGCUCGUGAGUUGGCUAAGGUCUACCCUGCUUCCACAUUAACGGUCCUGGACUUGCCAAAAGUCAUCCAGAUGGCCCAGAAGCACUUAUGUCAAAGUGAUGACACCAUCAAGUUUCAGGAAGUCGACUUGUUUAAGGAAGACCUCCCUGCUGCUGAUCUGUACGUCCUAGCAAGGAUCAUUCAUGACUGGAAGGAGGAGAAGAGCAUGAUGCUGCUGAGGAAGAUUCACGCAGCCUGUAAUUCAGGUGGAGGUGUUCUGCUGGUAGAGGCUAUGUUGUUUGAGAACCGCAGAGGGCCCCUGAUGGCUCAGCUCUUCUCCCUGAACAUGCUGGUUCAGACGGAGGGGAAGGAGCAGCCUCCCUCUCACUACACACACAUGCUCACGGCAGCUGGCUUCACUGACGUGCAGGUGUGCAGGACGGGCAAAUCCUACGACGCCAUCCUCGCUCUCAAAUAACCACACGUACACGCUGUAUCAAUGCGGUAUAAUGUUUCCUCUGCCGGGUGAAGUUGUGGCUAUCCAGAACUGCAGAGAGGAAGCCCUGUAUUUGGAAACAUUUUGAAAUGGUUAAUUCCUCUUAGAGAGAUUGUUUUCACAUUGCAUAUCAUGCACAAUUCUGUAUCCAGGCUUUUUAGUAAAGGUAAAAGUGUAGUUAAUAGGUUUUUAGACAUAAAAUCAAUGGGACAAAUUUAUUAUAUAGCACAGGUUGAAUUUAAUGGUUUAUUUAGGGUUAUUUUAGCUGAUGAAGUCAAACUGAUAGGACUGGGAUCAGACUAGGGAUGGACUGAAGAUGUUUUAAAAAAUAUGUUUUACAUAGAUAAUCAUUGGCAGAAUUCAACAAUAGCCCUUAAAUGAAUUUGGAGUAAUCUCCAAACUGUUCAUGGUAAUUGUGUACACACACUAAAGAUGGAGUGGAUAGAGAUUAAAGAGAUUAAACUCUGAAGUGUUUUACUUCAGUUUUCACAUUUCCAGCCUGAAGUCCUGCACGUCCUCUAUUUAAUACGAGCAGUAUUAUUGUAGUGACUGGAAUUAUAUCUGUGCAUAUUUUCCACGUAUGCAGUUUAUUGUUUAUUUCCCUCAAUUCACUGAUGACCUCACAUAACUGCUGUUUGGAUCCUGUGAAAAAAAAAGCUGUGAUGUUUAUAAUAUUUCAUAUUUUUAUUAUUAUUAUCUUUUAUGUAUUAAAUGCACUAGACUGGUGGAUGCAUGUUAAGAAAUAAUUACUCCUUACACACUUAUCUAUAGUAAUUAUUGAUCAGUAUUAUUGCAUGUUUCUGUGUGUGUGUGAACUGAGAAGUUCAGUGUGAGUGCAUUUUGCAGAAAUACAGUACUUGAGAAUUACUAAUAUGUGUCUUUAAUUAAUAUCAGCAGACAGUAUUUGUGUACUAUCAUAUUUGCUGUCCUGCAUGUCUGAUAAAAAUCACAUUUCUUUGGUAAACAGUUAACAGUUAGCUAACACACAAACACUUAAUUUACUGCAACCACCUUUUCUAUGUGUAGUUUCCCACUGUGAAGAAAUGUAGUCCAAGAACAAUCAUAACAAGCAUUUCCUAAUAACAUAACACAAAAAACGAAAACAUGCUGUUAGUCAUCUGCGGUGUCUGUAUUUUUAUUAACAGUUCAGCUGGUGUUUGGAAAGAAAACCUCCACCUGGAAACAUUAAAUAUGUUUGUACUGAA